AGGUUAAGUGCCCAAACGCUUUUGCCUCUUCUUCCCUCCUACCCACCUAAGCCCACCCCCAAAAAAACCUUUUCACCGUUUUUCUUCACUUUCUGACUCAUCACCCAAUUCAAUCACACAGGUAACAAUCUAUACGUACACAAAUCCUAUCUCUAUACCUUCUGCUUUCAAUCGUCGUCUUCUUCAUCUCUGAGAUUUACAAGAGAAAAAUGAGCCAGGAGUUAACCACUUCAGUGGGGUUGACCUGAUAAAUUAUCAAAAAUGGGUAAUUGUUGCUGUUGCUGUUGUGCUUCAAAAGGAGUGGAAUUGAACGGUUCACCAUCAUUUUAUCGCUAUCCUACAGUGCCAGAAGAGCGCGAACCUUUGUCAUCUCAUCAUGUCACAGCUGCAGCAUUCUCCCCUGCGCUUUUGGUUGAUACAAAUCUGGAUACCUCAAGUCCUGACACUUACAGACCACCUCCGAUGCCAAUGCCUUAUGAAACAUAUGAGGGAAGGCCCAGGACUCCACCAGGUAAUCGAGAUGGCAUCAAGAACGAGGCAGCAGUUCAAGUAACAAACAGUGAAACUGGUGGUGCAUUGAACUCAGCAGACGCUGCCGAAGCUGUAGACAAGGAUAAAAAGGAGUCUGAAGGCAAUGUGCAAACCGCAGAUAUCCAGCUUGAUGCAAUUAAGGAAGUGGAAGAUGAACUUGAGAAGUCUGAGGAACUCAAAAAAUCCAAUGUACCUGUGGUUUUGCCACCACAAGAAGAGUGUCCCAUCUGUCUUGAAGAAUAUGAUGCUGAGAAUCCAAAAAUGAGCACAAAAUGCGAGCAUCAGUUUCAUCUUUCAUGCAUUCUUGAAUGGAUGGAGAGAAGUGACACCUGCCCCGUCUGUGAUCAGGAAACGGUUUUUAAUCCUGCAAUUGAUGAAUAGCAACAAGAAUUCCGCCUAUAGGUGGUUGGUUGCAGUGACUUUUGUUGUAUGUCAAGAAGUGUUGUUCAAUACUUUGUCCAUGGUAGUUUUACAGCUUUAGCCAUAGUUUCUUCACAUGUUUCCUUCAUAUGUUUGCGUCAAAUCGUUAAGCUUGGAUGUGGGAAUAAUUAGGACAAUGAUUGAAAAGGUUAUGAAAAAAGAGGAAAAAAAGAGAGAUUGGUUUCAAUACAUCGCAUAGGUUCAUUUCCAUUGUGAAUAUCCUUUUUUUUUUAAUCCGCGAUAUAUAGGCAUUUCUCAAUUUGCAGAUUUUUUGUGCUUUUCUGUAUCUCUUACCUUAGAGACAAGAGUCUUUUUUUAUUUUGGUGUCAGUUGAUAAUGAAUUGGUAGCUCCAUUUUCUAUGCUUGUAAAUAUGCAGAUAGUAUAGGAACAACUCCAUUUUUGUGUACAAACACCACACAUAAGCAUUGAAUUUUUUUGCAGUUUUGCAUUUGUUUUA